AUGGCGUCCAAAGCACCACCUCCAAUGAACCCCUGGGAGGUCCAGGCCCUGGAUUAUCAAUUCCCUACCCAGUCUGCCGGUGACAAUGACAACGGCGCGGCCGCGGCUCCGCGCGGUAGCUGGCGUGAGCUCGAGGACCCCGUCAUCUACCCCGGCCUCUACUCUGCGACCGGAUACGACAUGAUGAGCAUUCUGCUGCGCAUCAUGUGCCGCCCGAAUCCUCAGAUCGAGCUCGGCGCCGUUGACUGCUCCGUCGCACUGAUUCUCUGCAACCUCGACCUUCCCGAUCAGCCCAUUGUCUACGCUUCCGACUCCUUCUGUGACCUUACCGGCUACUCCAUGUCUGAGGUGAUUGGCCGCAACUGCCGCUUCCUGCAGACGCCUGGCGGCGUGAAACCGUCCCGCGCCAGCGCUUGCACCGACAAGUCUUCGAUUCAGCGCAUGCGCAGGGCCAUCCGAUCCCGCCAAGAGAUUCAGCUGAAGGUCAAAAACUUCAAAAAGAACGGCCAGCGCUUCAAUAACGCCCUAAGCAUCAUACCCAUCGACCUGGACUCGACCGGGAUGCGCUACGCCGUGGGCUUCCAAGUCGAGGUCGAUUGA